GCCGUCUCCGUCUCCGGCUUGAUCCGCCUAGUAGUAGCGAUGAGUAAAAAAAAGAAUCCUAAUGUUUUCUUGGAUGUCUCUAUUGGUGGGGAUCCCGUUCAACGGAUUGUCAUUGAGCUUUUUUCUGAUGUUGUCCCCAAGACAGCGGAAAACUUCCGUGCCCUCUGCACAGGUGAGGCGGGAGUUGGAAAGGCCACUGGGAAGCCUCUACAUUUCAAAGGAUCAUCUUUCCAUCGAGUUAUCAAAGGAUUCAUGGCUCAGGGUGGUGAUUUUUCCAGUGGAAAUGGCACUGGUGGGGAGAGCAUCUAUGGUGGGAAGUUUUCAGAUGAGAAUUUUAGAUUGGAUCAUGAUGGAGCUGGAGUCCUUUCAAUGGCAAAUUGUGGCCCAAAUACCAAUGGGUCCCAAUUUUUUAUACUUUUUAAACGCCAACCACAUCUUGAUGGGAAGCAUGUUGUAUUUGGCAAAGUUGUUGAGGGGAUGGGAGUAAUCAAGAAAAUGGAACUUGUGGGGACGAGUGAUGGGAAACCUACUAGCCCAGUUAAGAUAAUUGACUGUGGCGAAACGUCUCAGAUAAGAGCACAUGAUGCUGAAAGAGAAAAAGGGAAAUCGAAAAAAUCAAACAAGGGCCUUUCUUCUGGUGACAUAUCUGACCGUGAAGCUAGGGGGACACGCAAAAAGCAAUCAAAGGAGAAAAGGAUAAAGCGAAAAAGAAGAUACUCUCCGUCGGAUUCAUAUAGCUCAAGUUCUGACUCAGAUUCAGAUUCGGAAUCAGAAACAUAUUCAUCCUCCUCCUAUGAGUCUAGUUCUUCCAGUGAUGGGAAGCAUAGGAAGAGGAAGUCAACAAAGAGACACAAAGGCCGACGCGGGGAAAGAAAGAUUAAAGGACGAAACGGGAAAAAGAAAGCUCGGCGCAGAAGCACGGAUAGUUCAAGUGACACGGAGAGUAGCAGCAGUUCUGAUGAUGAGAAAGUGGGCCACGAUAAAGCAAGAAAGUCAGUGAUAGCUAAAGAUGGUGGAAAAGUUUCAACAACUGUGCCUGCUGCUGAUUCUAGUCCUGCAGAGAAGAGCUUUCUGAGAGAGGAACCAAUUUCUUUCCUGAAGAACGAUGAACCUGUGGGUAAUGGAAAGGCCACCAAAGCAGAUAACGCUGAUCAACACGCCAAUUUGGAUGACUCAUUGAAAUCAAGGAGCAGGAGCCCAAUUCGUAGGACUAACCAAAACAGCAGGAGCAAAAGUCCUAGUAGGAGCCCUGUGAGAGAUCUUGGAAAUGGAAGCAGAAGUCCUCAUGAGAAGCCAACAGAGGGAACUGUGGGGAAAUCUUCCAGAAGCCCAUCUCCAAGUGGUGUGCCCAAGCGCAUCCGAAAGGGGCGUGGGUUCACCGAACGCUAUUCCUUUGCUCGGAAGUACCAUACGCCUUCUCCUGAGCGUUCUCCUCCUAGACAUUGGCCUGACAGAAGAAGCUUUCAGGAUAGGAACAGGGAUAGGUAUCCGAGCAACAGAAGUUACUCUAAGCGCUCACCGAGGGGACGCUUUAGAAGCCCACCCAGAAGGAGCCCUCCAAGGUACAACCGGAGGAGAAGGAGCACUUCUCGGAGUCCAGAUGGGUACCGUAGACGCUUGAGAGACGGAAGCAGGAGCCAGAGUCCGAGGCAUCGUAGCCCUAGCAAGAGCCCUAGAAAGAGGCAGCCAAUUAGCCAAGACCUUAAAUCCCGUCUCGGGCCACAGAGAUCCCCCAUCAGAGGAGGACGCACCUCUCCUGCAGGAUCACUCAGCCCUUCUCACUCAUCAUCUCCAGCAGGACAGAGAGGUCUGGUUAGCUAUGCGGAUUGAUGAUCACUCAUCCAUUGUUUUCUCUGGUGACUUGCGAGUUUUUGUUGUAAUUUCAGUGUUUUAGUGCAAGCAAUAAUAGGUAAUGAAAUUUAUGAUGUUGG